CCGGUUCCCGGCUCUCGGCUCUCGGCUCCCGGCUCCCGGUUCCCGGCUCCCGGCUCCCGGCCCCCAGCCCCCGGCUCCCGGCCUGGAGCCGUUUCUCUAAGGACGCGCAGCCGAGGCGAGGGGGUGUGAGGACUCGGGAGGCCGUGUCGUCGGAUCCGCCCGCAGUCCGCAGCCCCGCCGAGCCUGGAAGCCGCCGGGAUGGAGCCGCCGCUCCCGGUUGGAGCCCAGCCCCUCGCCACUCUCGAGGGUAUGGAGAUGAAGGGUCCUCUCCGGGAGCCCUGCGCCCUGACCCUAGUCCAGAGGAACGGGCAGUAUGAGCUAAUAAUCCGGUUGCACAAGAAGGAAGAGCUUGUUCAAGAUAUCAUUCCUAUAAAUAGCCAUUUUAGAUGUGUUCAAGAAGCGGAAGAAACUCUUUUGAUUGACAUAGCUUCAAACAGUGGCUGCAAAAUUCGGGUUCAAGGGGACUGGACCAGAGAGCGCCGCUUUGAAAUCCCUGAUGAGGAACACUGUUUGAAGUUUCUCUCAGAGGUCCUUGCUGCUCAGGAAGCGCAGUCACAACUUCUUGUUCCAGAGCAAAAGGACUCAUCCAGCUGGUACCAGAAAUUGGAAACUAAGGACAAAACUGUGUUUUCAGGGCUUCUUGAAUUUGAGGAUAAUUUUUCAUCUAUGAAUUUGGACAAGAAAAUAAAUUUGCAGAAUCCACCUACGGGGGUUCAUCGGGAACCUCCACCCCCACCCUCUUCAGGGAAUAGAAUGCUUCCACGUGAAAAAGAAGCUUCUAACAAGGAACAGCCCAAAGUGACCGACACCAUGAGGAAGCUGUUUGUACCAAACACCCAGUCUGGGCAGCGGGAGGGUCUCAUCAAACACAUCCUGGCAAAGCGAGAGAAAGAAUAUGUCGACAUUCAGACUUUCAAAUUUUUUGUUGGAACUUGGAACGUGAAUGGCCAGUCUCCAGACAGUGGGUUAGAACCUUGGCUGAACUGUGAUCCGAAUCCUCCUGAUAUCUACUGCAUUGGAUUCCAAGAAUUAGACUUGAGCACCGAAGCCUUUUUCUACUUUGAAUCUGUGAAGGAACAAGAGUGGUCUUUGGCUGUGGAGAGAGGUUUGCAUUCCAAAGCCAAGUAUAAGAAAGUUCAAGUAGUCCGCCUUGUUGGGAUGAUGCUCCUGAUAUUUGCCCGAAAGGAUCAGUGGCCAUAUAUCCGUGAUGUUGCUAAAGAAACAGUUGGAACUGGAAUCAUGGGGAAGAUGGGAAACAAAGGUGGGGUUGCUGUGAGAUUUGUGUUUCACAACACUACCUUUUGCAUUGUCAAUUCCCACCUGGCUGCCCAUGUGGAGGACUUUGAGAGAAGAAAUCAAGAUUAUAAGGACAUCUGUGCACGAAUGAGUUUUGUGGUCCCAAAUCAGACCUUCCCACAGCUGAACAUCAUGAAACACGAUGUUGUCAUCUGGUUGGGAGAUUUGAACUACAGGCUUUGCAUGCCUGAUGCCAAUGAAGUGAAGAGUCUUAUAAACAAGAAUGACCUUCACAGACUUUUGAAAUUUGACCAGCUAAAUAUUCAGCGUACACAGAAAAAAGCUUUUGCCGACUUCAUGGAAGGGGACAUCAAGUUUAUCCCUACUUAUAAGUAUGACUCUAAAACAGACCGAUGGGAUUCCAGUGGGAAAUGUCGGGUUCCAGCCUGGUGUGACCGAAUUCUUUGGAGAGGAAUUAAUGUUAAUCAGCUUCAUUACCGGAGUCACAUGGAACUGAAAACCAGUGACCACAAGCCUGUUAGCGCCCUCUUCCAUAUUGGGGUGAAGGUUGUGGAUAAACGGAGAUACCGGAAAGUGUUUGAAGAUUCUGUACGCAUCAUGGACAGAAUGGAAAAUGACUUCCUUCCUUCAUUAGAACUCAGCCGGAGGGAGUUUGUGUUUGAGAAUGUGAAGUUUCGGCAACUACAAAAGGAGAAGUUCCAGAUCAGCAACAAUGGACAGGUUCCCUGCCAUUUUUCUUUCAUCCCUAAGCUUAAUGACACCCAGUACUGCAAGCCAUGGCUUCGGGCUGAACCUUUUGAGGGCUACUUGGAGCCAAAUGAGACUGUGGACAUUUCCCUUGAUGUGUAUGUCAGCAAAGACUCUGUGACCAUCCUGAACUCAGGGGAAGAUAAGAUUGAAGAUAUUCUUGUCCUUCACUUGGACCGAGGCAAAGAUUACUUCUUGACCAUCAGUGGAAAUUACCUCCCAAGCUGUUUUGGUACAUCCUUAGAGGCUUUGUGCCGAAUGAAAAGACCAAUCCGAGAAGUUCCUGUUACCAAACUCAUAGACUUGGAAGAAGACAGCUUCCUAGAAAAGGAGAAAUCCCUUCUGCAGAUGGUUCCCUUGGAUGAAGGUGCCAGUGAGAGACCUCUUAAGGUCCCCAAGGAGAUCUGGCUUCUGGUAGAUCACUUAUUCAGAUAUGCCUGCCACCAGGAGGACCUGUUCCAAACUCCUGGAAUGCAGGAGGAGUUGCAGCAGAUCAUCGAUUGUCUGGACACCAGCAUUCCCAAGACAAUCCCUGGCAGUAACCACUCGGUGGCUGAGGCACUGCUCAUUUUCCUGGAAGCUCUGCCAGAGCCUGUUAUCUGCUACGAGCUGUAUCAGCGAUGCCUGGACUCUGCUCAGGACCCCCGGAUCUGCCGACAGGUGAUUUCCCAGCUUCCGGCAUGCCAUAGAAAUGUUUUUCGUUAUUUGAUGGCAUUCCUUCGAAAACUCUUAAAAUUCUCGGAGUACAACAACGUCAGUGCCAACAUGAUCGCUACUCUCUUCACGAGCCUCCUCCUAAGGCCUCCACCCAACCUCCUGGCAAGACAGACUCCAAGUGACCGCCAGCGUGCUACCCAGUUUCUCCUGGGUUUUCUGCUGGGAAGCGAUGAAGACUAAUGAUAAGCCUUCUCCUCUUACUACUCUCUGAGAUUCUAGAGGCGGAAGACCUUGGGCACCAAGUAUUUCAGAAUGCUUUGAAAAGUCAUGCCACAGGAAGGGUCUGUUGCAGAAAAAAUUGUGAGGCUGUUGGCAUGAAGAAGUUCUGUUUCUAGUGCAAAAGGAAGAGCGUUUCCUAAUCCCUCCCUUGCCAUAUCCUACACAGCAAGAUACUUUUAGACUUAUAUUGCCAAGCCAAAGUUACCAUAUUUUGGUGUUUUUGUGUUCUCUCUUUAUAAGGCAAAGAGAUCUGUAUUCACACUCUUUUACCUGGGGAUGUGUUUGUUGCCCUCCUGGCCAGCUGUCAUGAUUGUCCGUGGCACCCUAAGCCUGGAUUCGGAGAUGUUCCCAUCUAGGCCUGCAAGCACUACUUGCCGUAGCUCAGACUUGUCUGCAGUCCUUCGUCUAAAGCACUUUGGCCCCACCCCCUCCCCGUCUCCCCGGCGCACUCUCCUCCGCUAAUAGUGUAACAUCGAAGGAAGUCUGGGUGAGGCUAGGGAGUCCUUGGGUGUCCCCAGCAGUGAUUGAAGCAUCUCCAUUGGUUGGUAUAUGCCUCUGCAUUUCUACCACAGUGGCAUCUGUACGUUUCUGUGACAUUGGCCUUACAUGGCUUGGCAGCGGGCGGAACUGUCUUUUCUUGUCUCAGACCACUUAGUAACAGAACAUUGGGGAUUAUUAGAGAUGACAUCCCAUUGAUGUGAGAGAAUUCCACUCACAGUGGAAGCACUUGGAGUCUUUCAAGAGUGAGAAUGUUCAUGUGUGACAGGUCCUGCUUCCUACCAUUGCCUUCUUUCUCACAUUUUACGCAAGAACCAAUCCUUGGUGUCUGUGGGACCCGUCCCCCACUUUGAACUCCACCCCCCCACCCCACCCCCGCACAGUACUUGUUCCACAGUCAAAAAGGUAGUCUGCACCCCAAGUGGGCCUCCAGUGGGCCUACCCUGGGAAACUGCUCUUCCCCCAGCAAGAGUAUUGAGCAUAACCAUUAGAAGCCCCUGACCGGUCUCCUGAGGUACCAGGGGGCAGAUGUCACACCCUGCCCCGAAUCACAACUGACUCUGGGCCAGCUCCCCUUGGCUCCCAGUCACCUUCUCAGUGCUGUGUAAAGAGACUGUGCAGUGGGACAAACCAGGUACCUUCUCUCCCGCCCAAGACAACCCUCUGAGCUUGUCGUUUGCUCGAACUCCUCUGGGGCAGCCCUCUCUAAAAAAAAAUUAGUCUGUGUUGGUUGGCAAACCAGCCACCAGCCACUGACUGCAAAACUGCCUGAUGCAGUUGGCUUCCUCCUGGUUUUCUUUCCUUAAAAUCACCCUGAGUUGACUCAUUUUCACAUGUUUACAUGAAAUCCAAGGAGCCUCGUGUAUAGGCUCUGUGCGCAGUCUUGGGUAUUGACUCCUGACUUCUAGAGCAUCGAAGGAGAGAGCCAGGGAAACACAGCCACUGAAUGGUUCUCCAGCGCCCCCGUCUUUUAUGCGUUAAGUUCUUUGGGGGAAGAAAAGUUAUGUAUCCUGUGAUGCUCUGCUUCACUCCUUUCCUGAUUGGGAAUGAUGGAAGUAGGAGACAAGUUAUUGGUGCCAAAGAGCUGCAGAUCUGACGGGUUGGGCCUGAGUGUUGAGCUUAGUUAGCAGCAGGCUGAGCAGAGCACGUUUGUCAUCUCUGCGAGGCCAGAAAGGGGUCACAGGAGAGGCGGAUGACAGAAGCUGGGGCAAGGUCAUAACUCAAAGAGCCAAACGCCUGUCCUGGGCACAUUUUCCCGUCUGUUGCCGCCCAAGGCCUUUGGGUGGUUGGCGGGGGCCGCGUGCAGCAUCCGGCUCACUCUGCACUAGACGCGUGCACCCGGUUGCUUCGCUGCCUCCACCUUCUUUCCAGCUCCGGCUCUGGGAUGUACAGAGGGUUGAGGGUUAUAGACAAUCUCCAGGGGGGCGGGACAAGAAACAGAGCAGACAGAAGAGAUGUGCUUUCCUGCUGUGCCUCCCCCAGCACUCCACCCUCUUAAGUCCCAGGUACCUCCAGUGGGCUCUUUCCUCCCUCCUCUGAAGUAAGGACUUUAGAGCCGACUGGUAGGGAAGGACUCUGCAUCUGUUGUUUUAGGGAAGAAAUGGUUCAGCCCCACGUGGUGAUGCUGCCUUUCCUGAUUCACUGUUUCCUGAUUCUUACUCUGUAAUUGUUUGUUAUAUCUCCCCCCGGCCCCCCCCCCCCCCCCCGAUGUCUUGGUCACUAAGCAAAGCUGCUAGUGGGAUCCUGUAUUUCGUGUCAUCUUUUUUUAUUAUAAUUUAUUGCAAAUUUUUUUCUGAAUAAAUAUAUGUUGUGUGAAGAA